GCUCCGGUCGGCAAGGACCACGCCAACUGGACACUGACCCUCAUAUUUGACAAGCCGUUGUGGCAACUGGAGAUUUGGGAAGCCGACAUUGUGGGCACUGAACUCAACAACCGAGUAUGGCACAUAAAAAACAAAGACUACAACGGCGCGAAGAAACAGGGGGAGAGCGUAGCCAUGAAUUUCGUCGCUAGGGGCCCCGCUAAGUGGGCCUCUGUGUCUUCACUCUCUGGGAACCCUGAAGUUAAAGUGAUGGGAGCGUGGGAUGGAGGCUUCGAGGGGUACAUCAUUGUACCGGUCAGCAAGAGCCACACCAGCUGGACGCUGGGCCUAAUAUUUGAUCAACAACUACGGAAUCUGGAGGCGAGUUCAUGUAGUUUUACAAUGUUAUUUAGAUCAUUUUAG